UUUCAUUCAUUCCUCUAUGACUAAUCCAAUUUCAGUGUGAUAAACCUUUGCGUUGUCAUUGACAUCAUCCAUGGCUACCUCAUCCACUAUUUGCAACUUUCUCUCUUUCAUCUUACCCACAAAACCACCACCAUCACAGCAACCACCACCACCACAGCUCAACCUUCCUUCUUCAUCCACUCCUUUUCCUUCUCAAACCCACAAAUUUUCACACAAUUUGGUGCCACUGGUUUCCCAAGAUGACCCUUCUUCUUCUUCUUCUUCUCGUGACUUAUCCUCUGUGAUAUGUCCAUCGCUUGCAUAUGCAAACACCCUUUUCUUCAGAUCUGCGUACAACGUUCAGGUUGUGGUUGGUGACAACGAGCCAGAGGAGAAGCUUCUCAACAGGUUCCGCAGAGAGGUGUUUAGAGCUGGUGUCAUUCAAGAAUGCAAGAGGAGAAGGUACUUUGAGAAUAAGCAAGAUGAGAAGAAACGCAGGACCCGUGACGCUGCAAAGCGUAACAAAAAAAGGAGGCCCUUUUCAAGAACAUUUACACAGAACAAGGAGGAUGUCCCAAUAACCAAGAAGGAAGAGGACAUUGAUAACUGGGAUCUACCUGAAGGAGGCACUCCUUAUUGAUCACUUGAUCCUCUAAAUUCUGUAGGUUUCUUUGCAUUUUACUGUGAGAGGCUUCAUCCUACAUUUAAGUUCUGUUAAGUAAAAUGUGUUUCUUGGACUUGGUGCUCUUUCAAUUUAUGUUUGAUCUAAUAUGAUGUGACUUGUUCAUUUGUACAUCAAAAUUUUGUUAUGCUCUUUGUUCUCUGAAGUCUUGCAUCAACUACUUCUUUUUGUACCUCUUGCAUCAAUUUAGAAGUCCUUGUGUUGUCUUAUUUACCCGACAUGUAAAA